AUGCGUCCCCAGUUGUUGCCGUUCCUCGCCGCCGUCCUACUGAGCCUGUGCUGGACGAGCGCCGAGCACAAGGAUGUCUUUCUCGAGACGGACAGAUCCUACAAGUACGACCUUCCAUCGCCGGGCAAGCCAGGUGCGAACAGCAACUGCACCGGAAAGUGCGUGCAUGUUUUUAUGGGACUUCUGUGCGACUUCGUCGACGACAACGCCGACUGCGGUGAACAGUUUCUGCGCUGCUGCGUUGGAGGCAUCUUCAGCCGGGGGUUUACCAGAAAGUCCGGAACAAGCGUCGACAUGAUGGAUGACAGUCCCACGGAACAACAGAUACCUAACGACGUCACGACUCCGUCGCCCUCAAAUGACGACCACCCUGUGGCGGAUCCACCGCCACCUAAAGAACCCAAACCCACCCAACCUACUAGCCCAGAAAAAGAAAAUGCUGACCAAGAACCGCUAACAGCGAUGGAAUCUCUGCAAUCGCCUCAGAUUGAGUCUCCUCUACCGGAGCCCGCUGAGUCCACCAGAGGUAAUUCGUGCCCGGGCUCUUGCGUGAUGCCCCUUUUGGGCCUGCUUUGUGGUACCAUCAGCCGGAACCACAGCUGCAGCGAAGGGCGUGUCUGCUGUGCUACAUCAACGGCACAGAGCGAAGACACAGUAGAAGCAACGACCGUUGAUCCAGUUCUUGACUCGACUACUAGGACCCCUGUCACCCGAAGCGCGUGUCAUGGGCGUUGCAUUCCAAUGUACCUCAGCAACACGUGCAAACGACCAAGUGUCAUUCUGAUAUCAAAGAGUGUGUCGUGCUCUUCGGGCAUGAUUUGCUGCAGCAGAGGUCUAGAAGGUCACAGCAAGUACGGCACAAAAACUGAAGUAGAGCACAUAGAUCAGGAAGACUCAGGUGGUGCUAACCCCAGUUCAGAAACAUCUACAGAGGCAAAAAAGCUAGCUCCACCACCUCGUGAUGAGCAGCGUCCUCGACCGAUUGCGAUCCCUAUCCACCGCUCCCGUCCCCAGGGUUACCCUAAACCGACAAGGCCUUUGCGAAAACCCUUUUCGAAACAGCCGUCAGUAAAACCACCAGACUAUCAUGAAAACAACUAUAACUACUACGGCUCCACGAACGAGGAAGACGAAUCGUCCCAGGAACACUCGCAAACAAGAAGACCACCGUACUAUAUUAAGAUAAGGCAUCCAAGUCUGGGUCCACCUGUUCUUCCCACGCCACCAUACCACGAUGCUGGCAGUCGUCCAGACGUUCCCUCCAAGUUUAGUGAUAAGCAAGACAUAGACAACAAAUUCGGCCGGCCGCCCACCACAGAACUACGCAACCUGUCUGCCACUGUGACUGUGCCAAGGAGACCACCACAAUCUUCUGGUCGCCGCCCUCCACCUCUCAUUCAGGCAACAGCUGGAUCAGCAGUUGGCGAAGUAUUUCCUGUCCGCGUUCCGUUGCCGUCCUCCGACUACGACGAGGAACACAGGUCCUGGCUGCAGCGCGUUCAUGAGCUGGCGAAGAAGCGAGCACCACCGAGGCCACAAGAACCAGGUUACUCUCAGCAGGGAGGAAACAAAAGGCGAAAACCAAAUUGGCAGCACUCCAUUAAACCCCACGAAUCAGAAUUCGGAAACCCGUGGAACAUGCCGAUUCCCAGCGAUGGCAAAGAUAUCCAUCAUUUUUCAGCAUCCACUUCAAACUCCGGUUGGAUUCCUUUUCAUCAGGCGUACCAGCCUGUCAACAAGCAGAAGGUUGCCGAGAAUCACCACAACAAUAGCUCUGAGUUCACGCCUAUGAGAGGAGUCUUCCAGAACCCCAACCAAGAGCCGAGGGAUCCGAACGUGUGCGGUGUCCGAGGUGUGAAAAACCGCACAAACCACCCCCAAAGUCAAGGCGGAACAGAAGCCAGGCCUGGAGAGUGGUGCUGGCACGCUGCCAUCGUAAACCGGAAGAACCAGUACAUAUGCAACGGAGCUCUAAUCAGCGCGCAGUGGGUUCUUACUGCAGCUGACUGCGUGCUCAACCAUACGAAUGCAACGGAAAACAUCUACGUUCGACUGGGCUACACGGACAUCAUGAGUCCUUACAACCCGCCGGGCGCGCAGACGAAGACGGUCGCUAAAGCCUACGUUCAUCACAGCUUCAAUAAGGACACACUCGCCAAUAACAUCGCACUGCUCAAGCUCAAGGACAUUGUGGAGCUCAACGGUGCCGUUUGCGUUGUAUGCCUUCCUCACAAGCAAAAACUAGCUUUGGAGCAGCGUUCUGAAAAUGAGGACUGCGUGGCCACCGGUUACGGUUCGAGCGCGAAAGAAGAUGACCUCACCUACAACUAUCCCAGGUUGAAAGAAGCAUCGGUCGCGGUACUCAGGUACUCCGACGGAUGUCCAACCACGGAGCCUAGGGCAAGACAGCUAGAGCUGGCAAUGGACGUGACCGGGAGUUACUUCUGCGCUGGUCAUGGAGACGUCGAGGAAGACUGUCGAGGAGAUCCCGGACGGUUACUCGUGUGCCCCAAUGGGGAUUAUUUCGAGAUAUCAGGAAUCGCGUCGCAGGGUCUCAGCUGCGGAGGUCCCGACGCGCUCGCCCUUUACACCAAUGUGUCAUCUUACUCCGGCUGGAUCAACCAAAUUGCAAACGUUAAUCGUUUCUGA